AUGCCUUCCAACCGCCAGUUCGACCCCAACUUCACUCCCUAUGUGAUCAACUCCAUGGGACCCAAGACCCCCGAGCGCACUCGUGUGCUCCUGGGCGCUCUCAUCAAGCACAUCCACGAUUUCGCCCGCGAGGUCGAGCUCACCCCCGCCGAAUGGAUGCUUGGUGUCGAGUUCAUCAACUCCAUCGGCAAGAUCAGCACUCCCAUCCGGAACGAGUGCCACCGUAUCUGCGACGUGAUCGGUCUGGAAUCCCUUGUCGAUGAGAUCGCCAACAAGAUCGUCACCGAAGACGGUGUCUCCCCCACCUCCAACGUCAUCCUCGGUCCCUUCUGGUCCCCCAACGCUCCCUUCCGCGAGCUCGGCGACAGCAUCAUCCAGGACCCCAACCCUAACGGCAAGGUCACCUACAUGCACGGUGUCCUCAGGGACAUGGAGACCGGCAAGCCCAUCGAGGGCGCCGUCCUCGACAUCUGGCAAGCUUCCGCCAACGGCCAGUACGACUUCCAGGACCCCAACCAGACCGAGAACAACCUGCGCGGCAAGUUCCGCUCCAACGAGAAGGGCGAGUUCUGGUGGUACUGCUACCACCCCACCCCUUACUCCCUGCCCACCGACGGCCCCGCCGGUGUGCUCCUCAACCUCAUGGACCGCUCCCCCAUGCGUCCCGCUCACAUCCAUCUCAUGAUCACCCACCCCGACUACGCCACCGUUAUCAACCAGAUCUACCCCAGCGACGACCCUCAUCUGGACAUCGACUCCGUCUUCGCCGUCAAGGACGACCUUGUUGUGGACUUCAAGCCCAAGACUGAUGACCCCAAGGCCAGCCUCGACCUCGAGUACAACGUCAAGCUGGCCCUCAAGAAGCACCACCCCAACCCCAACUCCGCUCCCCCUGUGUCCUCCUUCGAGCGCUUCAACAAGGGCCAGAACAAGCUGUAA